UUUUUUUUUUUUUGGUCUUUAUCAAAUUCAUAUGUCUGUUAGACUUUUAUGAAUUCAGUUACAGAAUUCAGUGUGGAUUCUUUCUCUUUAUCUCUGUUAGAUACAUUUCAUCUUGGCAAAUUCUAGUCCUUUAAGAAAAGUGGUACAAUCUGCAAAGGAAAUCUUUCAGAUCAUGGAUAGCAGUGGGCCAAAGGUUUUGGAGACAGCAGAAGAAAUCCAGCAGAGGCGUCAGGAAGUGUUGAAUCGGUACCAGAGAUUCAAGGAACGGGUUGCUGAGCGGGGUCAGAAGCUUGAGGAGUCCUAUCACUACCAAGUUUUCAGGAGAGAUGUAGAUGACCUGGAGAAGUGGAUCUUGGAGAAGAUCAAGACCGUAGAGGAUAAGAGCUAUAAAGAAAUACCUUCUAUAGAGGAACCUGCACACCUAAAGGAAAAGGUACCAGCAGACUCAGAGGUCGCAAAGAAAAUGAGCACCCAUCUUGCCGAAUAUCAAUUGGUCUAUCAAGAUGUUAAGGGAAAACAUCAGAAGCAUGAAACAUUUGAAGCAGAAGUACAAGCAAAAUCCAAUGCCCUUGCUGAACUGGAAGAAAUCAGGGCAGCCCGAUCACAUGAAGAACAUUUUGCUCAUGAAGAUACCAAGACCCAUCUGGUAGAACUACGCCGCCUGUGGGACCUACUGCUGGAGCUGACCAAGGAGAAGAGUGACUGGCUCCUGCAGGCCCUGAAGUUCUAUCAGUACUUCCUGGAGUGUGAUGACAUCUUGGAAUGGAUCGAAGAGAAGAAAUCUAUAGUGACAUCUACAGAACUGGGUGAGGCCUGGGAGCGCACAGAAUUUUUGCAUAAGAAGUUUGAAGAGUUCCAAGAAGAGCUGUCAGCUCGAAAGGGAAGAGUGGAUGCAGUGAACAAAUAUGCCAAUGAAUGUGCUGAGGAGAACCAUCCUGAUCUGCCCAUAAUAAAGUCUAAGCAGGAUCAGGUAAAUGCUGCCUGGGAGGAACUCUGUAAUCUGGCUUUACAAAGAAGGGAAACUUUGUCCAGUGCUGCAGACCUCCAGCGGUUCAAAAGGGAUGUUACUGAAGCAAUCCAGUGGAUCAAAGAGAAAGAGCCUCUUCUCAUCUCUGAGGACUAUGGCAACGAUCUUUUUAGUUCUGAGGCCCUGUUUCACAGUCACAAGGGACUGGAGAGGAACCUUGCAGUCAUGGAGGACAAGGUAAAGGAGCUGUGUUCCAAAGCAGACAAGUUGAUGAUCUCACAUCCUGAUGAAAGUCAGAUCGAAGAAAUGAAAGAAGACUUGAUCUCCAGCUGGGAGCACAUUCGUGCUUUGGCUACUGCCAGAUAUGCAAAGCUGCAGGCUGCAUAUGGGUACUAUCGGUUCUUAUCAGACUAUGAUGAGCUCUCAGGCUGGAUGAAUGAAAAGACAGCUCUGAUCAAUGCUGAUAAGCUGCCAGAGGAUGUGGCUGGUGGAGAAGCCCUACUGGACAGGCAUCAGCAGCACAAGCAUGAGAUUGACUCUUAUGAGGACCGAUUUCAAUCCGCUGAUGAGAUUGGUCGGGAGCUACUGGAGAGCAAGCAUGAAGCUUCUGAUGAAAUUCAGGAAAAGAUGACAACACUUACCAACAACUGGGCCACCCUGCGGGAACUGUGGAAGGAGCGUCAGCAGCAAUACCAGCAGUGCCUGGACUUUCACCUCUUCUGCCGAGACCGUGAGCAAGUGGACAGCUGGAUGAGUAGACAGGAGGCUUUCCUGGAAAACGAGGACUUGGGGAACUCAGUGGGGGCUGUAGAAGCCUUACUUCAGAAGCAUGAUGACUUCGAGGAUGCCUUUACUGCCCAGGAAGAGAAGAUCAUAACCUUAAAUGAGACUGCCACCAGACUGAUUGAUAAAGGUCAUUAUGAUUCAGACAACAUUGCUGCUAUCCGGGACGGGCUUUUGAAUAGGCGAGAUGCUCUACGUGAAAAGGCUGCCAUUAGACGGAAACUACUGUCAGAUUCCUUGUUUUUGCAACGUCUGUAUCAAGACUCAGACUACCUAAAAAACUGGAUCAACAAGAAAAAAAAGUUGGCAGAUGAUGAAGAUUACAAGGAUACACAGAACUUGAAAAGUCGGGUUCUGAAGCAGGAAGAGUUUGAAAAGGAAUUGGAAUCCAAUAAGAUCAUGCUCCAUAACCUUGAAAAAGCUGGUCAGGAGAUGGUGGAUGAUGGCCACUAUGCUUCUGAGGAGGUGACGGCCCGUGUCAGUGAGGUUGUGAGACUCUGGAAGGAGUUGAUCGAGGCCACAGAACAAAAAGGGACCCAGUUGCAUGAAGCAAAUCAGCAGCUACUAUUUGAAAAUAGUGCAGAAGACCUGAGGCGCUGGCUGGAUGAGGUGAAGAGUCAGGUCACCUCUGAGGACUAUGGCAGAGGCCUGGCUGAUGUGCAGAAUCUACUCAGGAAACAUGGUCUCCUAGAGUCGGCUGUCACUGCUCGUCAGGAUCAAGUGGACACCCUAAAAGACACAGUUGCUCAUUUUGAAGAAAUAAGCCAUCCUGAUUCUGCAGACAUGCGAGCAAAGCAGGAGUCCUUGCUGUCCCGGUUUGAAGCUCUAAAGGAGCCACUGGCUACCCGGAAGAAGAAGCUCAUUGAUUUACUCCGUCUGCAGCAGAUAUGCAGAGACUCAGAGGAUGAGGAGGCCUGGAUCCAAGAGACUGAACCCUCAGCGGCUUCCACCCAGCUUGGCAAGGACUUGGUUGUAGCCAAGAAACUUCUGAACAGGCAUCAAGUCAUCCUGGCAGACAUUGCCAACCAUGAGCCACGCAUCAGAGUGAUAACAGACAGGGGAAACGCAAUGGUAGAGGAAGGACAUUUUGCUGCAGAGGACAUAGCCUCAAGGGUCGAGAGUCUGAACAAGAACAUGGCGUCUCUCUGUGCUCGAGCUAAGAGGCGGCAAGAUAACCUUGAGGCUAAUGUCAAUUUCCAGCAGUACCUGGCUGACCUGCAUGAAGCAGAAUCAUGGAUUCGAGAGAAGGAGCCAAUUGUGGACAACACUAACUAUGGGGCUGAUGAAGAAGCAGCUGGGGCUCUUCUCAAGAAGCAUGAGGCCUUCCUGACGGAUCUCAAUGUGUUUGGAGACAGUAUGAGGGCGUUAAAGGAUCAAGCAGAAGCCUGCCAGCAACAACAGGCUGCACCAGUGGGGGAUGCUGCUCAAGAAGUGAGAGUUCUGGCUUUAUAUGAUUUCCAGGCCCGUAGCCCGCGAGAAGUCACCAUGAAAAAGAAUGACAUCUUAACUCUGCUUAGUUCCAUCAAUAAGGACUGGUGGAAGGUUGAAGCUGAUGAUCACCAGGGCUUUAUCCCAUCGAACCAUGUAAGGAAACUGGCCCCCGAUGAGCUCCCGAUGCUCCCACAGAGGCGACGAGAAGAGCCCGGCCACAUUGCCCAGCGCCAGGAGCAGAUUGAACACCUGUACCGCUCCCUCCUUGAUCGAGCAGAAGAGCGCAGACGUCGACUACUGCAACGUUACAAUGAGUUUCGGCUAGCUUAUGAGGCAGGAGAUAUGCUGGAGUGGAUCCAAGAGAAAAAGGCAGAAAACACAGGCAUUCAACUAGAUGAUGUCUGGGAGCUGCAGAAAAAAUGCGAUGAGUUUCACAGGGAUUUGAAGACCAAUAAGCCUCGGCUAAAUGAAAUCAACAAGGUAGCUGAUGAGCUGCUGUUUGAAAAACUUCUGACACCAGAAGGUGCUCACAUUCGGCAGGAGUUGAAUACCCGCUGGAAUUCCUUGCAGAGGCUUGCAGAUGAACAGCAGCAACUGCUCAGCAGCGCCCAUGCUGUCCAGGUGUUCCACAGAGAAGCAGAUGACACAAAAGAGCAGAUUGAGAAGAAAUGCCAGGCCCUCAAGGUUGCUGACCCUGGUUCAGACCUGCUCAGUGUCCAGGCCCUUCUUCGCCAGCAUGAGGUCUUUGAGAGAGACCUCAUCCCCCUUGGGGAGAAGGUUACCUUGUUGGAGGAGACAUCAGAGCGGCUCAGUGAGUCCCACCCAGAUGCCACUGAGGACCUGCAGAGACAGCGAACAGAGCUGAACAAGGCCUGGGAUGAGCUUCAAGAGCUUACAAAGGAUCGCAAAGAGAGCCUGAAUGAGGCCCAUAAAUUCUACCUGUUUCUCAGCAAGACCAGCAACCUGGAAGACUGGAUGGAGCACAUCCAUAGUAUGGUGUUAUCACAGGAGCUGGCCAGUGACUUAACUGGUGCUGAAAUCUUGCUGGAGCGACACCAGGAACUUCAUAGUGAAAUGGAGGCAGAGGCACCCUCCUUCUGGGCUUUAGAGGAGUUUGGCAGAGAACUUAUUGACAGUGGGCACAGGAAAAGCCUUGAAGUUGAGAAAACUCUUCAAGCUGUCCAACAAAGCAGAGAUAAUUUAGAGAAGGCUUGGGAAGACCGCAAAAGGAUUCUAGACCAAUGCCUACAGUUACAGUUUUUCCAAGGGGACUGUGAGCAGGUGGAGAGCUGGAUGGUGGCACGUGAGAAUUCCCUGAGGUCAGAUGACAAGGAUUCCUUGAACAGUUUAGAGGCCUUGAAGAAGAAACGUGAUGACUUGAGAACAGCAAUCUCUAGCCAGGAAGAAAAGAUCACCAACCUAAAGCAGUUUGCUGAUCAGCUUAUAGCUGAUGGCCACUAUGCCAAGCGAGAGAUUGACGCCCGUCUCCAAAAAGUGCUAGACAGAUGGAAUGCUCUUAAAGAACAGCUGAACGCUGAGUCAGCAAAGCUUGAGGAUCUGGCUGACCUAAGACAAUUCUAUCGUGAUCUUGAGGAACUGAAAGAAUGGAUUGAAGAGAAGGUGCCCGUAGCCUGUGAUGAAUCCUACAAAGACCCCAGCAACAUACAGAGGAAAUAUAGGAAACACCAGGCCUUUGAAAAUGAAGUCUAUGGUCGAGCCGAAGAAGUAGAAGAAGCUGUGAAACUUGGCAAGUCCCUCAUUGAGCGAAAGGCAUGCGAUGGCAAUGAAGAGACCGUACAGAAUCAGUUGGAUCACCUAGAGAAAGACUGGAAAUUUCUCCGGGAGACAACAGAUGAUAAAGGGAAGAAGCUUGAAGAAGCGAGUCGCCAGCAGAGGUUCACCUCAGCCAUCCAGGACUUCCAAUUCUGGCUCUCAGAGGCAGAGACAUUGCUGGCCAUGAAAGAUCAGGCCAAGGAUUUGGCUUCAGCAGAAAAUCUUCUCAGGAAGCACCAGCUGCUGGAAAAAGAAAUGUUGACUCGAAAGGAUGAACUUGAGGCCCUGAAUAAUUUGGCUCAAGAUCUGGUCUCCAGUGGAACUUUCAACAUUGACAAGAUAGAAGAGGAAAAAAAGAAUGUCAAUGAGCGCUUCCUGGAUGUCCAAGAGUUGGCAGCUGCACACCAUGAGAAACUGAAAGUGGACUACGCUUUGUUUCAGUUUUUCCGGGACCUAGAUGAUGAGGAGUCGUGGAUAGAGGAGAAGUUGUUAAGAGUGAGCUCCCAGGAUUAUGGCAAGGAUCUCCAGAAUGUUCGGAACUUAACAAGGAAGCACAAACGCCUAGAGGGGGAGCUGGUGGCACAUGAACCUGCUGUUCAGAAUGUUCUGGAUAUGGCAGAAAACUUGAAAGACAAAGUCAGUGUGGGACAAGAGGAGAUCCAGGAGCGAAUGGAUCGGUUUGUUGAACACUGGGAGAAGCUUAAAGAGUUGGCUAAGGCUCGAGGCCUUCGACUGGAAGAAUCUCAGCAAUACCUGCAGUUCAUGGAGGAUGCGGAGGAAGAGGAAGUGUGGAUCAGGGAAAAGGAAGCUGUGGCUGCCCGAGGGGAUUCUGGAGACACAUUGACCGCUACUCAGAACCUACUAAAGAAGCACGAAGCUUUGGCUAGUGACUUUGCUGUACACAAGACUCGAGUGCAAACUGUGUGUGAACAGGGAGAAGACAUCCUGAAUAAGGAGGAAAGUCAGAACAAGGAGAGAAUUUCUGCUAAGAUUGCAACUCUAAAUGAAAUGACUCCUUCUCUGGACAAAGCACUAGUCUCUUGGAAGUUGCAAUUACAAGAUGAACUUGCCUUCCAGGAAUUCAACUGGAAAGCUGAUGUGGCAGAGUCCUGGAUAGGUGACAAAGAAGCAGGUUUGAAGCCCAAAGCCAAUGGUGCAGACCUCACUGCCUUUCUCAUGCCAUUGGCAAAACAGGACACGCUAGAUGCCAGUCUUCAGAGAUUCCAGCAAGAACAACUUUCUAAGAUCACUGACCUCAAGGACCAACUGGUAGCUGGUCAACACAGCCAGGCCAAGGCCAUUGAGGAGCGCCAUGCUGCCCUGAUGAAGCGCUGGGAGCAGUUACUGGAAGCUGCUGAAGCCCACAGACAGAAACUGCUGGAGAAGCAGCUGCCUCUACAGCAGGCUGAGGAGCUGUUCAUGGAGUUUGCACACAAGGCAUCGGCUUUCAACAACUGGUGUGAGAAUGCUGAGGAGGACUUGUCAGAGCCUGUGCACUGCGUCUCCCUCAAUGAGAUUCGGCAGCUGCAGAAGGACCACGAAGUCUUUGUGGCCUCCAUGGUUAGGCGCCAAGAAGACUUUAAAUAUUUGCUACAGCUUGACAAGAAGAUUAAGGCUUUAAAUGUGCCUUCGAGCCCUUAUACCUGGCUAACUGUAGAGGUGCUGGAAAGGGUCUGGAAACACUUGUCUGAGGUCAUCCAGGAACGAGAGCAGGAGCUGCAAAAGGAAGAGGAAAGGCAAGUCAAGAAUUUUGAGAUGUGCCAAGAGUUUGAACAGAAUGCCGGUGCCUUUCUUCAGUGGGUCCAGGAGACCAGGUCUUAUUUUCUGGAUGGAUCUUUGCUCAAAGAAACAGGAACCCUGGAAUCUCAACUGGAGGCCAAUAAAAGGAAGCAGAAGGAGAUCCAAGCAAUGAAGCGUCAGCUAGACAAGAUUGUUGACCUAGGGGAUAGCAUGGAGGAGGCUCUGAUCCUUGACAUAAAAUACAGCACCAUUGGACUGGCCCAGCAGUGGGACCAGCUCCAUGAGCUGGGAAUGCGAAUGCAACACAAUCUGGAACAGCAGAUCCAAGCCAAGGAUACCAUAGGUGUCAGUGAGGACACACUGAAGGAGUUUAGCACCACCUAUAAACAUUUUGAUGAGAAUUUGACAGGGCGUUUGACACACAAAGAAUUCCGGUCCUGCCUGAGAGGACUCAAUUACUAUUUGCCCAUGGUAGAGGAAGAUGAACCUGAACCUAGAUUCCAGAGGUUCUUGGAUGCUGUGGAUCCAGGGAGGAAGGGCUAUGUCUCCCUGGAAGACUACACAUCAUUCUUGAUUGACAAGGAGUCAGAAAAUAUCAAGACCAGUGAUGACAUAGAGAGUGCUUUCCAGGCCCUGGCAGAGGGAAAGUCUUAUAUUACCAAAGAUGAUCUGAAGCAGGCGCUAACCCCAGAGCAAGUGUCAUUCUGUACCAUACAUAUGCAGCAGUAUGUGGACCCACGGGGUCGAAGCCAGCCUGCUGGCUAUGAUUAUGUUGGCUUCACCAAUUCCUACUUUGGUAACUGAUAAAUAGAAUCUUCAGGAUUGUGGAAAAUUCUCCUGGUUGCAAAGUACUGGGGGAUGGGGAGGCAGACACAUGUGGGAGUGUAAAGAUUGGUUGUGUGUGUGUAUUACAGUUGUUUCAAGAUCCAAAAAGAAUAAUCAAACUUGGAAUGGAUAGAUGUUAAUCACGUUGGAGGUGUAAAGGCCAGGGAGUUAUUUCAUAAGCAAAUAGUCAAAAUUUGGAAGCGUGAAUGUUUUUACUCUUUAACUGUUUUCUUGUGUUCUGCUUAUCUUUAUCAAUUUUUUGUGCUGUGAGUAUAGAAGAAAGUGUUUAUUUUUUAAAAAUAAAAUAAACUAUUUCUUAUCCAA